UGAAAAUGGAUAUAUAGCUUGCUCUUCUUGUUGUAUUAAGCUGAUGAGGAAUAAAUGCACUUCGUGCACUUUGCCCGUUGGUAUUUAUCGAUGUCGAAUACUGGAGAAACUUGUGGAAGCAGUCAUUCUCACAUGCCCAAACGCCAAGCAUGGCUGCACCAAGAAGUCCUCCUAUGGCAAAGAUUUAGUCCAUCAAGAAAAUUGCGGUUCUACUAUGUGCUAUUGUCCUGCACCAAACUGCAACUACACGGGCAUGUACGAGGAUCUCGACAAUCAUUUCACGGUUUGGCACAACGAUAGUUACUCAUCAAGGUUCAUGAACCGCAAGUGGUGAUUGCACGGACUGGGAAACUUCUCGAGCUUGAUCUUCUGGACUGUCCCAUUUGCCGCGACCCACUAGCGAGUCCUAUCUUUCAGUGUGUGAAGGGGCAUAUAAUAUGCUCUCCUUGCCGUACUAAGCUGAAGGAAAGAUGCCCUUCUUGCUUCUCGUUCAUUGGUAACACUCGGUCUAGAAUAAUGGAGAGACUUGUGGAAGCAGUCUUUUUCCCAUGCCGAAACGCCAAGCAUGGCUGCACGGAGAAACUCUUUCACGGCAAAGAGUUAGUCGACCAUGAGAAGGAGUGUGAUGGUUUUGUGUGCUAUUGUCCUGUACCAUUUUGCGACUACGCUGGUUUCGAUAAGAAUCUCUAUUAUCAUUUCACUGUUUGCCACAAGGCUAAUUACUGUUCAGGUUUCAGGACUGGCCAGUACGUUGACGUUGACGUACCGGUAAACAUGAAAGAGACGAUGUUAAUCCUUCAGGAAUAUAAUCAUGGUCCAUUGGUUAUUCUUCAGGCUUUUAAGGGGCCAGACGGGUUGUAUGUGACCGCGAACUUACUCGCUGCUCCUUGUGCUUCGAGAGGUUGGAAAUUUGGCUAUGAUCUCACUUGCUGGAGGGGAAAUGUAGAGUUUACGGAUACAAUUAACGAGAUGAAUAGGAUUCAAAGGUUAAGUUUUGAAACUCCUGGGGUGAAAUCCAUGUUUAUUCCUUACCCUUUCCUGGAUGAAAGCUUGGUAGUGAAGAUGGAAAUUCGCAUUUCGCGAAUUAAGAUGAGGAGGAAGAAGAUAACGAAGAAGAAGAUGAGGAGUAAUAAUAUAUUAUAUCAUAUCUGUUGUAGUAGGUCGUUGAGUUAAUAUUAUAUCAUAUCUGUUGUAGUAUUUCUGAUGUUUUUUUU